AUACUUCGUCAAAAUCCUAUAAUCCUAACAGCAAAGCCAAGCCAACCCAUAUUAUCUCUUUCCAACCACCAAACAUAUUCCUCUAAUCUCUCUUUUCUUUCGCUCUUCUUCCUCAUGAACUUAAUAAUUCUGAACAUAUUGUUCUUUGCACUUCAUUUUCCAUCGUCAACCUUGGCUGAGUAUCAGCCUCAAGAACGCGAUGCACUGUUACAGCUAAGGGAUUCUAUGAAUUCCUCUUCUGAUUUGCAUAAAAACUGGACCGGACCACCUUGUGAAGCAAAUGUCAGCAGAUGGUUUGGUAUUGUGUGUUCGGAUUGGCAUGUAAUUCACUUAGUCCUUGAAGGUAUCCAUCUAACAGGUUCUCUUCCGCCAACUUUUUUGUAUAACAUUUCUCUUUUGACCAAACUCAGCUUCACAAACAAUGAUGUUUCUGGACAGCUUCCAAAUCUUACAAAUCUUGUUCACUUGGAAUCUGUUUUCCUUUCAUACAACCGUUUCACUGGUUCAAUUCCUUCUGAAUAUAUUGAACUGCCAAAUCUCAAACACUUGGAGCUUCAACAGAACUAUUUAGAAGGCCAAAUUCCGCCUUUUGAUCAGCAUACAUUGAUAGGUUUCAAUGUUUCUUAUAAUCAUCUUCGAGGCCCUAUUCCUCCAACAGACGUUCUUAGAAAGUUCUCUAAGAGCUCCUACGAUCAUAACUCGAAUCUCUGUGGCUUUCCAUUAUUAGACUCAUGCACAGCUUCACCCUCUGCUUCUCCUAUACCACCGCCAAAGGACAAGAAAGUGAAACUUGAAAUUUGGAUCGUUGUUUUAAUUGCGGCAGUUGCAGCUUCACUUCCUCUAUUGGUUGUGUUUGUUUUGUUUUGUUGUUACAAGAAAGUGCGUGAAAAAGAAACAGCAAAAGAACCACAGGCAGAAUCAGCAGCACCAGCAUGGACACAGAGGAAAUUGCCACAUUCCGAAAGCACAGGGGAUCCAGAAAGAAGGGUGGAAUUAGAAUUUUUCGAGAGGGAUGUUCCUGUCUUUGACUUGGAUGAUUUGCUGAGGGCAUCAGCUGAAGUGUUAGGCAAGGGAAAACUUGGCGCUACCUACAAAGCAAACUUGGAAUCAGGUAUUGCUGUUGCUGUUAAGAGAACGAAAAAUAUGACCGGCUUGAGCAGGAAGGAAUUUGUACAGCAGAUGCAACUGUUAGGAAACCUGAAGCACGAAAAUCUGGUUAAGAUUGUUUCAUUUUACUAUUCCAAAGAGGAAAAGCUGAUCGUCUACGAAUUUGUACCUAAUGGCAGUUUAUUUGAGCUAUUGCAUGAGAAUAGAGGAAGUGGAAGAGUGCCAUUGAAUUGGGGAGCAAGACUGUGUAUAAUCAAAGAUAUAGCAAAGGCUUUGGCUUUCCUUCACCAAUCCUUGCCUUCUCAUAAGGUGCCUCAUGCAAACCUCAAAUCAUCUAACGUGCUAAUUCAUCAAGAUGGCCAAAUUUACCGUUCCAAGCUAACAAACUACGGCUUCUUGCCAUUACUGCAAUGUCGGGAAUUAUCUCAAAAGCUGACAAUUGGCAGGUCGCCGGAGUUCUGUCGAGGGAAAAAGCUGUCACAUAAAACCGAUGUUUACUGCUUUGGCAUUAUAUUAUUAGAGAUAAUCACUGGAAGGAUUCCAGACGGGGUUUCAUCAUCAGAAAAUGACGAGGAUAAAGCUGAUGACCUUUCUGAUUGGGUUAAAACGGUAGUUAACAAUGAUUGGUCUACUGAUAUAUUAGAUAUAGAGAUCUUGGCAUCCAGAGAAGGCCAUGAUGAUAUGUUGAGACUUACAGAGAUCGCUCUCCAGUGUACUGAUGUGACACCAAAGAAGCGGCCAAAAAUCAGUGAAGUAUUAACAAGGAUACAGGAGAUUGAGCAUAAAAAUUCACAGAAUCAAUAACAUGAUUGUUGAAUCAAGUCUUUAAUUAAUGAUUUUAUCUGUAUUCACGGAAGCACUUGAACCCUUAGUUGGUCGAUCCGGUGCAAGUAUGAUGUAGUUUUAGUCCAGAAAUACGUGUGGUUAAUAUAAAAAAUAAAAAUUCAGACCU